AUGCCGAAAAUCAAAAUCGGAAAUGCGCCCAAGGUGCAAUCGCGCAAUUCCAUCGAAGAUAUCUGGGGACCUCGCACGCCGUAUGUACACGAAUGGCCAAUCCGAGUGGAUGAGGCCAAGGAUGAAGAGCCGGAAAGCUGGGUGCAGAGUGCUUGUGUGCUGUGUAGCAAUGGAUGCGCACUAGACAUAGGAGUUAAAGAUGGCAAGGUUGUGGGCGUCAGAGGCAGAGCAACCGAUCGAGUCAAUAAAGGACGUCUUGGUCCCAAAGGUCUGCAUGGAUGGAAAGCGGCGGGCCAUCAAGAUCGUCUAACGUACCCCCAAAUUCGACGGAACGGCAAGCUCGAGCGCGCAACAUGGGAUGAGGCUAUGAGCCUUAUUGUCGAGAAGUCGAAGAAGACCAUUGAGAAGCUUACUAGCCAUGGUAUCGCCUUUUAUACAUCCGGUCAACUGUUCCUUGAAGAAUACUAUGUUUUGGCAAUGGUUGGCAAAGCGGGUCUGAACACACUGCACAUGGACGGAAAUACGCGUCUGUGCACCGCGACUGCCGCAGCCUCCAUGAGGGAGAGCUUUGGCAGCGAUGGACAACCUGGGUCGUAUACCGACAUUGACUAUACCGACUGCAUCAUGCUGAGCGGCCACAAUAUGGCAGCCACUCAGACUGUACUAUGGUCACGCAUUCUAGAUCGUUUGGCUGGGCCAAAGCCACCCAAGAUAAUUGUGAUCGAUCCACGGUUAUCAGAGACGGCAAAGAUGGCGACAGUACAUCUGAAGCCAAAGAUCAGUACGAAUGUGGCUCUAUUCAACGGUAUCGAGCAUCUGCUCUUCGAGAACGACUGGGUCGAUUACGAAUGGGUGGAGAAGCAUACUGUCGGUGUGGAUGCACUCAAGAAAGUAGUGAAGAAGUACACACCAGAACUUGUCGAGGAGAUUACUGGUGUCCCCGCGCAAGAUUUGAGGAAAGCUGCGGAGAUCAUUGGCACGACUAAAACCCUGCUCUCCACCGCUCUGCAGGGCGUGUAUCAAUCGCACCAGGCGACUGGGGCGGCAUGCCAGAUCAACAACAUCAACCUUCUUCGUGGCUUGAUCGGGAAGCCAGGUUGUGGCAUUUUCCAGAUGAAUGGACAGCCAACAGCUCAAAACAACCGUGAAGCAGGCUGCGACGGCGAAUUUCCAGGCUUCCGGAACCAUCUCAAUCCUGUGCAUAUGGAAGACCUUGCCAGACUAUGGAACAUAGAUCCCAUCAAAGUUCCUCAUUGGAGUGAACCGACUCAUGUGGAGAACAUUCUCAGCUUCAUCUCUAAGGGUACCAUCGAGAUGCUCUGGAUAUCCGGAACGAACCCGCUCGUCAGCCUUCCGAACACGAAUGUAGCGCGCGACUUGCUGACGAAGGAAGACCUUUUUGUCAUCGUUCAAGACCUCUUCUCAACGGAGACAACAGCCAUAGCUGAUGUUGUCUUACCUGCUGCUGGAUGGGGUGAAAAGACAGGAUGCUUCACCAAUGUCGAUCGAACUGUACACAUCUCACACAAAGCUGUCGAGCCACCUGGAGAGGCAUGGUCGGAUAUGAAAAUCUUCCUCGAAUAUGGAAAACGCAUGGGCUUCAAGGACAAAGAUGGCAACGAUCUCAUGCCCUGGUCAGAGCCAGAGGAAGUCUUCGAAGCCUGGAAGAAGCUUUCGAAAGGCAGACCGUGCGACUAUAGUGGCAUGUCAUAUGAGAAGCUUACGGGUGGUUCUGGUCUUCAAUGGCCAUGUAAUGAGGAGAAUCCUUUCGGCACUGAACGGCUCUUCUCUGACGGCAAGUUCUUCACUAACAUCAACGACUGUGAGAGUUUCGGCCACGAUCUCGAAACGGGCUCGUACUUUUCCAAAGAAGAUUAUAACAAGCUCAAUCCAGCUGGAAGAGCUAUCCUGAAGUGCUGCAAUUACAAACCAUCACCAGAGGAGCCGGAUGAAGAGUACCCUUUGCGACUAUCCACUGGUCGUCGCGUUUAUCACUUCCACACUCGGACCAAGACUGGACGUACACCGCUACAGAAUGCUUGCCCAUCACCCGAUAUCGAAAUCUCGAAAGAGGAUGCAGAUGCUGUUGGUGUGAAGGAUGGAGACGAAGUACUUGUUGAGUCAAGACGAGGCAAAGUCGAGCUUCCUGUGCGUGUAUCUGCCAUCGAAAAAGGGCAGACCUUUAUUCCGUUUCAUUUCGGGUACUUCGAUUCUGAGGAUGGAAAGGCACGAGCAGCUAAUGAACUGACGACUGCGAGAUGGGAUAUGAUCAGCAAACAGCCCAUGUUCAAAGGUGGUGCAAUCAGAAUCAUCAAACUUCCGUCGACAGAUGGCGAGGUCAAAAUCCACGCCAAAGAGCAGCAGUCUGCCGCUCAAGCAAAGGCAGAGAAGAAGGCUGAGCCAAUGGACAUUGGCAAAGUUGGUCCACGACGCCGUGGAAUAGAGCGCUGGAUAGGCGAGCUGGAACAAUGCUCCAUCUACCUCCUAGAAAUCUUCGACCAAAUCCUCGAAAAGACUAAAGCUUACUCUGACAUCCAAAACGGGCUAGACGCCAUUUAUCACAUCGCUGUGCGCUUUAAAGAUCGCCUGAAGCCACUUGCGGAUAAGUAUGAGGAUGACAAGGACUGGGGCACGCGCCGUGCUCACACAUUAGCGCAUACGCUUUUCUUCAAUGAGGAAGAUAUCGAAGGUAGCUAUCUGAUGUUGGAGACUUUGCAGGGUCUGCAUGUGUAUCUGAGUUAUAUGAGAGGUGGUCUGAGGGGUUUGUGGCCGGCUGCACAGGCAUUGUGGGAUAAGGAUCUUUGUGACUGUGUACAAGAAGGGUUCGAAGACGUUGGCAAGAUGGAGGAAUGGUGCUUGCAGCAGCUGCAAGUCAGAGCACCGCAGGCGCUUGUUGUACCUGUACCAGUCGAUGGGCAGAUGUAG